AGAGAGAGUCCCACAGCGUUCACAAGAGAUUAUUAGGACUCUGUUCUGCUGUCAGCCAUCCGCACUGGAGGAUGAGAACACCCAGCUGCAGCCUAGAACCUGUGGUCCAAGGGAGGGCAAGGGUUAAAGAAAGAUGCAGAGAGAAUCGGAGGCUCUACAGCAACGCAGGUGUUAUGUCCGGCACAAGAUCUGAGGAGACUCUCCACUGUCCCCGGCGGCUGCACCCCCGCCCCUCCCGUUGUGCCCCCUGCCUGGGGCCAGGGCCCGCCCGUCAUGACAGACACCCCAGUGGAGGAAUCUCUCUUCCAGAUCAUCCGCUGCUUCCACCAGUACGCGGCCCGGCAAGGCGACGUGGAGACCCUGUCCCUGCAGGAGCUGCAGGCCCUGCUCAUGGACAAUGUGCCCCGCUUCAUGGACAGCUUGGGCCGGAAGGAGCCGUACUAUAUCACAGAGCUGUUCCGGGCAGCAGACAAGAACAAGGACGACCAGCUCUGCUUCGACGAGUUCCUCUACGUCUUGGGCAAGCUGGCGAAGGACUACCACCUGCAGUACCGCCGGCAGCUGUGCGCCCGCCACUGCGCCCAACACAGCCUCUACUAGAGGGGCUCAGGCAGCCUCCUGCCCACCGGAGCCUGACCCGGGAGGAGGCGUGACCUGGCGAUCGGCAGCUAAAUGGAGAACCCAGCUCUGUGUGUCUGUGUGUGUCUCUCUGUGUGUGCACAUGUGGGUACAUGUCUGUGGAAAGGACACAGUGUGAGAGAGAAUAAAGCAAUUUCAUACAUA